AUGGAUCCUCCUAGAGUUGUGCUUGACGUGCCCAAUGAAUAUCACGAUAUCCUUUUGGACACUGUCGAUACUCCCCCAGUGCCUUCAACUCCAGAGAAACGCCAAUUUAUGGAUCUGCAUCAUGAGGUGUACGGAUAUCCAUCAGUGGCCCCCCUUCAAACUUUUACCGCUGAAUCCCAGUCAUAUCAUCCGUAUUUCCGACGAUUUUCAUUGCUGUAUUCCAAUCCUCCUCCACUUGAAUAUCGAAACCCGUUUGUAGGUAUUGCUUUUCGUGAAGUUAAUGAAGCUGGUGAUCGUGAGACACCUUAUGCUGGCAGAAGAUUGACAGAACAGGAGACAAUACAAUUACCCCCUCCUAGUUCUGCGCGGUCCACAUCUAACACCAUCUUCACUUUUUUUGGCAACUCAUUUCCUGACUGUCGCAGCAUGAUUGAUAUGUUCCGCCCACGCUUGCAAGUUUAUCCCGGGGUAGCAGAAAAUCCAACCCCAGACUCUGUCGUUGGCAGCCAUCACGAGGGCCCCAGGGUUGUGAACGUCGAUAUAACAAAGACAUGGAAAGGCCUGUCUUCAGAUAAAGCGCAAGAACUACUAUUUUGGGAGACAACCUUUAAAAGGGCCCUUGGAUACUUGUUGCACGAUCAAUUUGAACUCCUAGAACAACAGCAUGAAAUAAAAAACCAGGCGUUCCUUGAAAUACAGCGUGAACAUGAGCAACAAGACAAAAUUUUGGACGGCACGCAUUAUUUGCCAGUUAACAUCAUCGAUAUCGCGACGGCCAUGGUCAACUGCUGGAAGGAACAUCGUCGUAUGUAUCAUUGGUUGGCGUCGAUGGGGAACAUUUACAAGACAAUUGCACAGUUUAUUCGCUGUCAUGACUGCUUUGUUUACCCUCCUGUUGGAAAUAACUCGUGCCUCGCAACUGGCGGUCUUAGAAUCGGAGUUAAACUUUUAGACCUAGGUAAACACUCGAAAAACACAAUAACUCAUACCCAUAUAUCUGGAACCCCUGUCGAGGUGAAUUGGGCUCCGGAUGUACUGUCAUUUGAGCAAUUCGACCCUAUUACUACCGAAGGACACGAAUUCCGUUUAAUGCCACGAUACAACUCUACCCUCAUCAGUAGUGGGGCUGAAUCUGAUUUGGAGCCACCCCAUAUUGUUUACAAGUCCUCUGCCAGUUGGUUACGGUGGGAUGCUUCAGUAUCCAGCUUUAGCGGGACCGUGCCAUUCUGCUCUGAUUCUAAGGAAUGCGUUGUUUAUCCCGAUGCCCACUUGGCCUAUGGUAUUUCAAGGGAUCAAUCUGAAACAUACACCCUUCGGAUAAUGAUUACUGCAACAGCUCUGCAAUAUUUUGAUACGAACGUCAGAUUCGAGAAGACUGUCAGAGCCAGGGUUACGAUCAAUAUCAAGAGCAGGAAUUGUUCACGAACUCAUCCUGACCAACGUUACAGAUUCGAGCGUUUGUUGUCGGACAGCCAAAAUACGAAGUCCGUCCCGUCACCACUAGAAUGGAGACCAUUGCAGCAAAUUAGCCCUAGCCUUGAGAGGUUCAAAAAUCCAGUUAUGAGCUCGACUGUUCCCUUUGUUGGUUUUCCAGAUGAGACACAAAUGUUGAUGCCGAUAUCAGCUUACGAGAUGUAUUCCGGUGACAGGAGGUCUUUAAGUCAACAGCCGUUCGACAGCUUUAUCAAGCCGUCUCUAGUGGUGGCUAAAGUGCAUAUUGAUUCUGAGUCAAAAGUGGAUGAGGGCCCGAGUGGCCAGAGGAUUACUUACUCUCCUCCUGGGCCUUUAGAGGGUUGUUUGAAUGUGCCACCUCUUCGCCGCCAAAGACGCUCACCGCAUAAUAUUCAUCCUCUUAAAACAGCCGUUAAACUUGGUUCCACACUUCUCCCACGAACGAGCAUUGAUCUCCCAAACCAUCCUCGAACAGAAUCUGGUGACAAGAGGUUACAAUACGAUAUUGUUAACAUGCUGGGCAUGCCAACCCGAUACGACAAACGCGACAAAGAUCUAGAAACGCGGUAUCGUCCCAGGGGAGAACGGUGCUAUUGGCGGGGGACGAAUAUAUCUGUUCAGGAGAAAGGGAGUGGAGAUCCACAUCAAGGCCUCCAUGCAUCAAGAAAUGCGAUAUUCUCAGGGGCAAACUCGAUCGAAGAGGAUGAGUUGUAUAUUUCGAAAUACUUCCAGGAGGUUGGGCUUGAUUCUUUUCAGAGGCAGGUUAGCCAUCUCACCAAAAAGUCAGAAUCCAACCUUUCUAGAGUUCCGAGUUCUGAACCUCUCACUAUGAACUGUGAACCUUUUCUCAAUACCCGCAGGGAUACACGGGCAGAACGACUGCCGAAUUUGGAAGUACCGUGGACACCGCCAUCCAGUGAAGUGUGUCCCUGUGGUUACUGCCCCUGUCGUUUUCCCAACGGAGCUAAAGUUCGAACCGAAAGAGGCACUGACAAUGAGGCCGGAAAUGCAUCAGGAUCGUCGGAUGGUGAUAGUUCAUCCGACGAAGGGCCGCCUCUAAUUCGCGGAAAAGACAAAGCUGCUUUUGCCCGAAUGCUUGUGGAAAGGGCUGAAGCAGAACGUCAUAUGCUAGGAAGCGACAUAGGCGACAUUUUCGACUCUUCCCCAACUCCCACGUCUGCUGGGGACUGGGAGGACAUUGACACGGAUGAGGAAGGGGUCAGUCUCCCCGAGGAUGGGGAUAGUGAGGAGGACGGAACAAAUCAAGGUGUGGCCAUUUCAGUGGUAUAA